GGGGCGGGCGCGCGGCCGGAAGCGGAAGCAGAAGCGCGGCGCGGCGGGAGAUUCGGGCGCUGCCGGAGCUGGGAGGCCCGGAACAUGGUGCAGAUCGUCAUCUCCAGUGCGGGUGCUGGAGGCCUGGCGCAGUGGGUGCUGGUGGAGCUGCAGGGAGAGGUGGAGCCCCGGCAGAGCGGCGGGCUGGCAGGGAGCCUCCUGGGAGACCUGCAUUAUACCUGCGAGGGGGUCCCCGUGCUCAUCGUGGGCCACCACAUCCUCUAUGGGAAGGUGGUGCAGCUGGAGAAGCCUUUUGCUGUCCUGGUGAAGCAGGGAGCUGGUGAGCCCAGCCCGGUGGGGCCACACACCCACUACACCGUCACUGCCCUCAUCAAAACCAAGCUCCUCUUCAAAACCCGCCCCAAGCCCAUCAUCACCAACGUACCUAAGAAAGUGUGAGGAGCCAAACUGGCGGCCAUGAGCUCUAUUCUGCUGCCAGGCAGCACCAGGCACUGCAGCCAGGACUCGGGGAGAUCCAGGGCCAGCUCCAGCCUCAUCCCGGUCCUGCACAGGGGGUUCCCAGGGCCACCUUGGGGUGCUGCAUCCGGGCACCCAGAGCAAUUCCCGGGACACUUGUUCCCCCUGUAAUGACUCCAUUUCUGAGACCUCUAGGGCACAAGCCCAGCUGCCGUCCCAGGUGAGAUGAGUCCUGGUGAGCAGGGAUGCUUCAAGCCCAGGCAGGGCUGGAGCUUUGGGGCUGCCCUCAGUACCUGGAUUUGGCUAUUCCCAGUGCACUGCCAGCUCUGCCUGUCAUCCUGCCUGCAGCAGGGAGCCACAGUGUUAUCAGCAUGGAGAAUCACUCCCCAACAUGAUAUGUCCCCCCCUGCAGCUGUGGGGACAGCAUGUGCCAGGCAGGGACUCUGCCCCAACAUCGCUUGAGUCGCCUCAUGGUGCCAGGGCAGGGGGAACUAGAGCCAUCACCCUUCUCCCCACACACACCAGCCUUCCUCGGUGCAAGUCUUUAUUUUGACAAAUCCAUCAGGAUAUAAAAAACAGGCUUUUCCAAAAUAUGAAAAAAAACCCGCAGGUUAAAAAAUAAAUAGAUUUACAAACAAGUAGCAAUAAGUAUGAAUACCAAAGAGCUACAAAAGUCUAAAAAACCUUGUAUUAAAUUAAACAAAACAAUCUAAAAGCUCAA